CUCUCUCUCUCUCUCUCUCUCUCUCUCCCUCUCUCUGUCUCUCUCUCCAUGCUGUAUCUGUGUGCCUGUAGUUGUUUAGAGGAUCUUCAGUUAUAGUAACAAAAAUCUGUUCUUUUUUGUUUUUGUUUUUGUUUUUUUUUAAUUUUUAAUUUUUAAUUUUUAAUUUUUUGGGUUUUGGGUAUUUGUUAAUCUUGUUCAUCUUCAGAGGUUAAGAGAGCAGAAGAAGAAGAAGAAGAAGAAGAAGAAUAAGAAGAAGAAACCAUUGGAUUAGAAUCUGACAUUAUUGUAUUAUUUGUCUUUUGUUUGGGUGUUAGAUUGAACGACAUGUCACAGACCAACUGGGAAGCUGAUAAAAUGCUUGAUGUGUAUAUCCAUGAUUACUUAGUAAAGAGGGAUCUGAAGGCUUCUGCGCAGGCUUUUCAAGCUGAAGGGAAAGUAUCCUCAGAUCCCGUUGCUAUCGAUGCUCCUGGUGGUUUUCUCUUCGAAUGGUGGUCAGUGUUUUGGGACAUAUUUAUUGCUAGGACGAAUGAGAAGCACUCAGACAUUGCUGCAUCUUACAUUGAGACUCAGUUAAUUAAAGCUAGGGAGCAACAGCAACAGCAGCAACAACAGCAACCUCAACAACAACAACAACAUCCGCAGCAGCAACUGCAGAUGCAGCAGCUCUUAUUGCAGAGGCAUGCUCAACAGGCACAGCAACAACAGCAACAACAACAGCAACAGCAGCAGCAGCAGCAGCAACAGCAGGCACAGCAGCAGCAGCAGCAGCAACAACAACAACAACAACAGCAGCAGCAGCAGCAGCAACAACAGCAACAGCAACAACAGGCACAACAACAGCAGCAACGACGAGAUGGGGCCCACCUCCUAAAUGGUACCGCUAAUGGGCUCGUCGGCAACGAUCCUCUUAUGAGACAAAACCCCGGAACAGCUAAUGCUCUGGCGACAAAGAUGUACGAGGAAAGAUUAAAAUUGCCACAGAGGGAUCCUUUAGAUGAUGCUGCUAUGAAGCAAAGGUUUGGUGAGAAUAUGGGCCAGCUUUUGGAUCCGAACCAUGCUUCAAUAUUGAAGUCUGCUGCUGCAGCUGGCCAGGCUUCAGGGCAAGUGCUGCAUGGUGCAGCGGGUGCUAUGUCUCCGCAAAUUCAAUCUCGGAACCCGCAACUUCCUGGCUCUACACCAGACAUAAAGACCGAGAUGAAUCCAGUAUUGAACCCCAGAGCUGCUGGUCCUGAAGGCUCUUUAAUUGGAAUUCCUGGAUCAAACCAAGGUGGCAACAAUUUGACUUUGAAAGGAUGGCCUCUCACAGGUCUGGAUCAACUUCGCUCUGGGCUUCUCCAGCAACAGAAAUCAUUUAUGCAGGGUCCUCACCCUUUUAAUCAACUCCAGAUGCUGACACCACAGCACCAGCAACAGCUUAUGCUUGCACAGCAAAAUUUGACAUCACCAUCUGCCAAUGAUGUGGAUAGCAGAAGGUUGAGAAUGCUUCUGAGUAGUCGAAGCAUGAAUGGGAAGGAUGGGCUUGCUAAUUCUGUUGGUGAUAUAGUUCCAAAUGUUGGAUCACCUCUACAAGCUGGUUGUGCUGUUUUGUCUCGUGGAGAUCCAGAUAUGAUAAUGAAGUUAAAAGUGGCUCAGAUGCAGCAGCAACAACAGCAGCAGCAGCAACAACAGAACAGCAAUCAACAACAGCAGCAGCUUCAGCAGCAUGCUCUUUCUGGCCAACAAUCUCAGAGCUCAAACCACAAUCUCCAUCAACAGGAUAAAAUUGUGGGUGCUGGCAGCGUCACUGCUGAUGGUAGCAUGUCAAACUCCUUUCGAGGAAAUGAUCAGGCUUCUAAAAAUCAGACUGGGAGAAAGAGAAAGCAGCCUGUGUCAUCUUCAGGUCCGGCCAAUAGCUCAGGAACAGCAAACACAGCGGGACCCUCCCCAAGUUCAGCACCAUCAACACCAUCAACUCAUACACCUGGAGAUGUAAUCUCAAUGCCUGCGUUGCCACAUGGUGGUAGUUCUUCAAAACCUUUGAUGAUGUUUGGCACUGAUGGUGGUGGCACUCUUACAUCUCCGUCAAAUCAAUUGUGGGAUGACAAAGAUAUUGUGCAGGCUGAUAUUGAUCGUUUCGUGGAGGAUGCAUCUCUUGAUGAUAAUGUUGAGUCUUUUUUAUCUCAUGAGGAUACAGACCCCAGAGAUACAGUUGGUCGUUGUAUGGAUGUUAGCAAAGGGUUCACAUUUACGGAAAUCAAUUCAGUUCGAGCUAGUACAAACAAAGUUGUGUGUUGCCACUUCUCAUCAGAUGGAAAACUGCUUGCAAGUGGUGGCCAUGACAAAAAGGCUGUAUUGUGGUAUACGGAUUCCUUAAAGGCAAAAAGUACACUUGAAGAACAUUCUUCGUUAAUUACUGAUGUCCGUUUCAGCCCCAGCAUAGCACGUCUUGCAACAUCUUCUUUUGACAAAACUGUGAGGGUUUGGGAUGCUGACAAUCCUGGCUAUUCACUUCGUACUUUUACUGGACAUUCGGCUUCUGUUAUGUCUCUGGACUUCCAUCCAAAUAAAGAUGACCUAAUCUGUUCUUGUGAUGGGGAUGGUGAGAUACGAUACUGGAGUAUAAACAAUGGUAGUUGUGCUCGAGUUUUGAAGGGUGGCACAGCUCAGAUGAGAUUUCAACCCCGUCUGGGAAGAUAUCUUGCUGCAGCUGCUGAGAAUCUUGUGUCCAUACUUGAUGUGGAGACUCAAGCUUGUCGGCAUUCAUUACAGGGGCAUACGAAACCUAUUCAUUCUGUUUGUUGGGAUCCUUCUGGAGAAUAUCUAGCAUCUGUCAGCGAGGACUCGGUUAGGGUUUGGACUCUUGGAACGGGGAGUGAAGGGGAAUGUGUUCAUGAGUUGAGUUGUAAUGGCAACAAAUUCCAUUCCUGUGUUUUCCAUCCCACAUAUUCUUCAUUGUUGGUCAUUGGCUGUUACCAGGUAAGCCAUAGUCUUGAGCUUUGGAACAUGAGUGAAAACAAGACGAUGACUCUUCAAGCGCAUGAUGGCCUGAUUGCUGGCUUGGCUGUAUCGACAGUGACAGGUUUGGUUGCCUCGGCUAGCCAUGACAAGAUUGUUAAGCUCUGGAAGUGAUGUCAUUAUUAAUUCCGCCAAUCAAUCCCCAUUAAAAAUCCGUUUUUAUGUUAUUUUUUUUAUUUUUAUUUUUUCCCCCUAUCAAAAUGCUUGUAGUCUUUGUCGGUCUUGAUAGAGCCAUCUUCAUUUUUUGUUGUUAUGAACCCCGGAACUAAGAUACUAACCUCUAUUACUGUUGCUGCUGUUUUGUUAUUGCGGUUAAUAUGAAAGAUCUGAUAUUUGGUGGACUUUAUGUAAUAUUAUGUACUCUUAUGAAAAGGACAUUUUCGGGACUGCCAAACUUUACCCGGCGUCAUUAA